UAAUAAAUUAAAAUAAAAAUAGAAAUUAAUUCAAGUUUGUUAUAUUCUUCUUGUUCUUCUACUUCUCUGCAUGCUUUGAUUGAACAAGUCUUAGUCCACGCCAGCGCCUCCCUCAUAAUUUUCUUCUUCCUUUUUUUUCACUAAGUCCUUGUUCCAAUUUCUAAUUAUAUUCUUCCCUUCACCGUCACAUCACUCACCCCUUCUGUUUUUCUGUGAUCACAAGCAACAAUCAGUCUAUGCAUUCAAAACCCAGAGCCAAAGGAAUUAUCAGCAACAAUAUCGAUUUCAAGAGAGAAUAAUGAGGGAGUGGAUACGUGUUGCGUUGGUUGCAGCUUCUGUGGGAUGCGUUUCAACCCUUUUGCUCCUUCUCUUAUGGCGUUUUUACCAACUCAGAAAACGAGGGAAUUUUGUGGAACCUGCAAGUUUGACCAGAAUGGAGGGUGGUCUCCAAGGAGGACUUUCUAGGAUUCAUAAUCAUCAUCACCAUCACCAAUUGGAUCAUCAAAGUAGCAGCAACAAGAACAAACAGGGAAAUUACUUUGUUAUUCGUGGAGGUGUAUCUGGAAAAAGGGUUCUGUUCAGUUGGUCUGAUCAUCCUUCUAUGGCUGCUGAUGCUGUUGAAAAUGGUUGGUCUCGAUUUUCAUUCAUAGCUUCCAAGACUUACACGCCAUCCCCUUCGAAAAGGUCAUCGAUUUUGGGGGUGUGUGCAGCACCGGUUAGUGAUGAUCAUCAUGGAACAGAAUCUGAGGUUGAGAUAAGCUGGGAAAUUUCUCAGGGUUCUGCUGAGUUUAUGCAGAAGGUGAGGUUCAAUCCUGGGUUGAAGAAGAUUCUUCAAUACAAUAACAACAACAACAGUUCUUCUUCUAUGAAUGUUGCUUCUGUUAUUAGAACGGCUCUUCCCCUUCCUGGCCCUCCUUUGGGGAACUAUUCUUUUCCUCAAGAAGCGUAUUUUGAGAUUACAAUCUUGUAUGGUGGUGGUGGUAAUGAGUAUGAAUUUGCGGGGAAGAAUGUUGGAGAAGGUGAGAAGACAAAGUUGUUGGUGAUUCAAGGUGGUGGUGGAAAUGGUAGUAAAGGGAAUUCGGAGGCUUUGGUUCAUGUUAGCAGCAAUAAUCAUAGUAAGAAUAGUGUUGAUGAGAUGAAACUUGAUGGGAAAGAGGGUGGAAAGAGAAAUGAAUCUGUGAUGUUCUCAUUGGGAUUAACUGCUGCAGGUCCUGUUCCUUUGAGAGUUCCAGGAAGCUACCCUGCCAGCAUUGGCUUCAACUCCAAUGGUUCUGUUUUUCUUGAUGGAAUGAAACUUGUAUUUGAAUCAGAGAAGGCAGAGUGGGUAGGAACUGAUAAAGUGAUUGGUUGUGGCUUUGAUCCAAGGCAGAAGAAGGUGUUCUUCACAUUAGACUCAGAGUUGGUGCAUGUAAUCCAUUGUCAAUCACAAGUGUUUGGAACUCCAUUAUAUCCAAUCAUGGCUGCAAAUAUAGACAUCAUGGUACUAGUUAAUUUUGGACAAAGUUCAUUCAAAUAUGCUCCUGCAAAUGCACAGAGAACACCAAAUCCAUGCUUUAUAGCCCCGCUUGUAAAUUCACCUGCUGCUACUUUGGGUUAUGAUGAUAGUAGGGAGCUAUUUUCCAUGGGAAGGAUUGAUUCUCAGUGGCGCAAUCGCUCCGCAACCAGAGGAAGCCACAACAAUGGCAACAAUAAUAUGAAUCAUAACAACAAUAAUAAUAAUAGUAAUAUUAGAACAGUGGAAUUUGAUGAAGAGUCUGAGGCUGAUCUAUUUGAAAUAGUGUUGGAUGGUUCUGGAAAAUCUCCAAAUUCAGCAUCAUAAUCUGUGGCACAGCACUUUGUUGCACAUAUAUUGCAUUGCAUACAUCACACACACACACUGUUAUACAGAUUCAUGUACAUGGCAAAUUAAUUUUGAUGAAGGCUUUAGCAUUGACUAACUAGUCCCAUACAGUUUGUCUUCUGCGUUCUACUUU